AUGGUAGAGGGGACCAUUAUAGCUGUUUGCCGAUUUGGUGGUGAAUUUGUCUCAAAUGAUGAUGGAACUAUGUCUUACUGUGGUGGAGAAGCUCAUGCAAUGGAUAUCAGCCGUGACAUGAACUUUGAUGAUCUCAAGUCAGAAUUAGCAAGUAUGUUUAACAUUGACAGUAGUAACUUGUCUAUCAAGUACUUUCUUCCAGGCAACCAACAAACUCUUAUUACGAUAUCUAGUGACAAAGAUCUAAGGUGCAUGGUUGAUUUUAAUAUGAGUUCUAUAACAACAGAUCUAUAUGUCUCAAGUAAGGUUGACAACAGGACUCUAUGCUUCCUAGGGCACACAGGAAUAUUGCUGUUGACUACCUCUGUAGUUGACAAAGUUGGUGCUUUCCAUAAUGUCAGAUCACAGAGGCUUACAGCUAUCAGCAGAAGUAGCAAAAGGGUGCCUAGGUGUAGGAUUUCUGUGGUAGUUGGAAAUACCCCUAAAGUUGCGACCGGUUCCACAACUGAAAAUAUUAGACAGACAAAAGCAAACACCGCUGGAAAAAGUAAUGGGAGAUACAUGGCCACUGCUGAAUUUUUCUAG